CGCCCCCUGGGCCCGGGACGGUGCCCCCAACAGUGCCCUGGCCGCAGAGCCUCCACUGCGGCCCGAUGAAUGGAGUCGCCUUCUGCCUGGUCGGGAUCCCGCCGCGUUCGGAGCCCCGGCCCCCGCAGCUUCCACUGGGCCCACGAGAUGGGUGCUCUUCUGGGCGCCCCCUCCCCUGGCAGGGGCCGAGGACAUUGCUGCUGCGUAAGAAUCUCCAGGAUGGCUUUGGCUUCACCCUGCGCCACUUCAUCGUGUACCCGCCCGCGUCAGCCGUACACUGCAGCCUGAAGGAGGAAGAGAAUGGAGGCCGAGGCCGCGGAGGAGGAGGAGGAGGAGGACCCUCCUCCCGGCACCGCCUGGAGCCCAUGGACACCAUCUUCGUGAAGAAUGUGAAGGAUGGAGGCCCUGCCCAUAAGGCGGGGCUUCGUACAGGAGACCGGCUGGUGAAGGUGAACGGAGAGAGCGUCAUUGGGAAGACAUACUCCCACGUCAUAGGUCUGAUCCAGAACAGUGAUGACAUCCUGGAGCUCUCCAUCAUGCCCAAGGAUGAAGACAUCCUCCAGCUGGCCUACUCCCAGGAUGCCUACCUGAGGGGCAACGAGCCAUAUUGUGGAGAGGCCCGCAGCAUCCCAGAACCACCUCCACUCUGCUACCCACGGAAGACCUAUGCCCCACCAACCCGGGCCCCUGCCUGGGCCACUAUGGUGCCUGAGCCCAUCGCAGCGCUCCCCACGGAUCCCCGGAGUCCUGCUGCCUGGAGUGACCCAGGGUCCCGUGUUUCAUCUGCCACCCGUGCCCACCUGGACAGCUCUUCAUUGGGGAUGAGCCAGUCCCGUCCAAGCCCUGGUGCCUUUCCCCACCUCCCCUCAGAGUCCCGGACGCCCCGUGCCUUCCCAGAGCCUGGCAGCCGGGUGCUUCCCAGCAGACUGGAGUGCCAGCAGGCUCUGUCACACUGGCUGUCAAAUCAGAUACCCCGCAGGGCGGGGGAGAGACGGUGCCCAGCCAUGCCACCUCGGGCCCGCAGUGCCUCCCAGGACCGGUUGGAGGAUGUGACUACCCACCACCCAUGGCCCUGCUCCACCUCCCAGGAUGCCUUGAGCCAGCUGGGCCAGGAGGGUUGGCACCGAGCUCGCUCAGAUGAUUACCUGAGCAGGGCCACCCGCUCUGCUGAAGCACUAGGGCCAGGAGCACUGGUGUCACCUCGCCUUGAACGCUGUGGUUGGGCUCCCCAGCGUCCAUCUGCCCGCACCUCUGCUUGCCCUUCUCGGGACCUACCAGGGCCGCAGGCCCCUCCCCCCUCUGGCCUGCAGGGCCUGGAUGACAUCGGGUACAUUGGCUAUAGGAGCUAUAGCCCAUCAUUCCAGCGCCGGACUGGUCUCCUGCAUGCGCUCUCCUUCCGGGACUCUCCUUUUGGGGGACUUCCCUCCUUCAACUUGGCACAGUCUCCUGCAUCAUUCCCACCAGAGGCCUCCGAGCCACCUAGGGUUGUCCGGCCAGAUCCUAGCACUCGAGCUCCGGAGCCUCCCGCAGAGGAUCACCGCGAUGAAGUGGUCCUGAGGCAGAAGCCUCCAACGGGUCGCAAGGUCCAGCUGACCCCUGCGAGGCAGAUGAACCUUGGAUUUGGUAAUGAGUCCCCAGAACCAGAGGCCAGAGGGGAACGUCCUGGCAAGAAGGUGGCUCCUUUGGCUGCUACAGAAGAUUCCCUGGCUUCUAUCCCUUUCAUUGAUGAGCCCACCAGCCCCAGCAUUGACCUCCAGGCCAAGCAUGUCCCCGCUUCUGCUGUGGUCUCCAGUGCCAUGAACUCAGCCCCUGUCCUGGGCACCAGUCCAUCGUCGCCAACCUUCACCUUUGCCCUCAGUCGCCAUUACUCCCAGGAUUGCAGCAGCAUCAAGGCUGGCCGCCGCUCCUCCUACCUGCUGGCCAUCACCACAGAGCGCUCCAAGUCCUGUGACGACGGCCUCAACACCUUCCGGGAUGAGGGCCGAGUGCUCCGACGUCUUCCCAACCGUGUGCCCAGUCUACGAAUGCUGCGGAGCUUCUUCACAGACGGGUCUCUAGAUAGCUGGGGCACCUCUGAAGAUGUUGAUGCCCCCUCUAAGCGACACUCAACCUCUGACCUCUCAGAUGCAACUUUCAGUGAUGCCAGGAGAGAAGGCUGGCUGUAUUAUAAGCAGGUCCUCACCAAGAAGGGGAAGAAAGCGGGCGGCGGCCUGCGCCAGUGGAAGCGCGUCUAUGCCGUCCUGCGGGCGCGCUCGCUCUCGUUGAGCAAGGAGCGGCGGGAGCCCGGGCCGGCGGCUGCGGGGGCUGCGGCGGCCGGCGCAGGUGAGGACGAGGCGGCGCCCGUCUGCAUCGGCUCCUGCCUGGUGGACAUCUCCUACAGCGAGACCAAGAGGAGGCACGUGUUCCGGCUGACCACCGCUGACUUCUGUGAAUAUCUCUUUCAGGCUGAGGAUCGGGAUGACAUGCUGGGCUGGAUCAGAGCGAUCCGGGAGAACAGCAGGGCCGAGGGCGAGGACCCCGGCUGUGCCAACCAAGCUCUGAUCAGCAAGAAGCUUAAUGAUUAUCGCAAAGUGAGCCAUAGCUCUGGGCCCAAAGCUGAUUCCUCCCCUAAAGGCUCUCGGGGCCUGGGAGGCCUCAAGUCUGAAUUCCUCAAGCAGACUGCAGUCCGCGGCCUCAGAACUCAGGACCAGGCUGCAGGAAGCAAGGAAGACAGUGCUGCAGCUCCCAAAACCCCCUGGGGUAUCAACAUUAUCAAGAAGAACAAGAAAGCUGCCCCGAGGGCAUUUGGGAUCCGGUUGGAGGAGUGCCAGCCUGCCACGGAGAACCAGCGUGUCCCCUUGAUUGUGGCUGCCUGCUGCCGUAUUGUGGAGGCACGGGGGCUGGAGUCCACUGGCAUUUACCGAGUUCCUGGCAACAAUGCGGUGGUGUCCAGUCUGCAGGAGCAGCUCAACCGUGGGCCCAGUGACAUCAACCUGCAGGAUGAGCGCUGGCAGGACCUCAACGUGAUCAGCAGCCUGCUCAAGGCUUUUUUUCGAAAGCUGCCGGAGCCCCUCUUCACUGAUGACAAAUACAACGACUUCAUCGAGGCCAACCGGAUAGAAGAUUCCAGGGAGAGGAUGAAGACCCUUCGGAAGCUGAUCCGGGAUCUCCCAGGACACUACUAUGAAACGCUUAAAUUCCUCGUGUGCCAUCUCAAGACCAUUGCUGACCACUCAGAGAAAAAUAAGAUGGAGCCCCGGAACCUGGCUCUGGUCUUCGGGCCAACGUUGGUUAGGACAUCCGAAGACAACAUGACGGACAUGGUCACGCACAUGCCGGACCGCUACAAGAUCGUGGAGACGCUGAUCCAGCAUUCUGACUGGUUCUUCAGUGAUGACGAGGACAAAGGAGAAAGAACCCCUGUUGAUGACAAGGAGCCACAAUCAGUGCCCAAUAUUGAGUACCUCCUGCCCAACAUUGGCAGGACAGUGCCCCCCAGUGAUCCAGGCUCAGAUUCCACCACCUGUAGUUCAGCCAAGUCCAAGAGUUCGUGGGUCCCCAAGAAAGAGCCUUACGCCCGGGAGAUGCUGGCGAUCUCCUUCAUCUCUGCGGUCAACCGCAAACGGAAGAAGCGGCGGGAGGCGCGAGGCCUGGGCAGCAGCACCGACGAUGACUCCGAGCAGGAGGCGCACAAGGCUGCGGCUGGGACGCAGGAGCCAUCCGAAGGGCAGCUGCCUGGCCCCGCAGCCGACGAGGCCCCCGGUCGCCUCAGCCCCCCGACGGCACCGGACGAGCGGCCCGCGGCGGACACGCGCUCCAUCGUCUCGGGCUACUCCACUCUGUCCACCAUGGACCGGAGCGUGUGCUCGGGCACCAGCGGGCGGCGCGCGGGCGCGGGCGACGAGGCGGACGACGAGCGCAGCGAGCUGAGCCACGUGGAGACGGACACGGAGGGCGGCGCGGGCCCCGGGGGGCGCCUGUCGCGUCGGCCGUCCUUCAGCUCACACCAUCUUAUGCCGUGCGACACGCUGGCGCGCCGUCGCCUGUCUCGCAGCCGCGCGGAUGCCGAGGGUCCGGGCGCGGGGACGGGUCCCCGUGGUCCCGAGCCUCCCGGCUCGGCGUCGUCCAGCAGUCAGGAGUCGCUGCGGCCCCUGACGGCCGCCUCGGCACUCGGCUCCCGACCCUCACGCGUGGAAGCCUUGCGGCUGCGUCUCCGCGGCACGGCCGACGACAUGCUGGCCGUGCGGCUCCGGCGCCCACUGUCGCCCGAGACGCGGCGGCGCCGGAGCAGCUGGCGCCGCCACACGGUGGUGGUACAGAGCCCGCUGACCGACCUCAACUUCAACGAAUGGAAGGAGCUGGGCGGAGGGGGACCCCCGGAGCCUACAGGCGCGCGACCGCACGACAACAAGGACUCUGGCCUUAGCAGCCUGGAGUCCACCAAGGCACGGGCCUCAUCCGCCGCCUCACUGCCAUCGGGGGACCUAGGGGCCCUGCAGGGGCUGCCCCCACGCCGGUCAACUGCCGCCCGCCUCCACCAGUGUCUGUGACACCCUCGCCUAUCCCGGGGCUGCAGGAGCUCCUUGCUAGUUUGUACCCUCCCCAGCUGUCCCCAGUACUGCAGAGGGCCGGGAGUGGGGUGUAAUGGGUGGUGCUGGUGCUGCGGUCUGGA